AUAAAACCCCCAUUUUCUUUCUUCCUGUUGGUCGUCUCGGUCUUCGUCUUCUACAUUUUGCAUACCCACGCAUAGAGCGAGCAAGAGAGAGAGAGAGAGAGGGCUCAGGUGCAAUCUUGACCGUCCAUCUUGGGUUUUCGCUUUCCGAUUCGAUCGGAAUCGCAGUCGCGCGGUCGGUCCAUCUUGAUCGAGGGUUUUGCUGAGGGGGUUUUCAGUUUGGGAUUUCUAAUGUUGAAGAAAUAAGAGGCUUGAAGGUUUUGCUGCCUGGGCGGGAAAAUGUUGGAAGGUGGUCCAAAAUUCACUGGAGUAAUAGACCUGAACAGCCAUGGCAACAACUAUGAUGAUUUGUCACAAGUAUUUUACCAUAAGCUUGGCGAGAAUUCCAACAUGUCCAUUGAUAGUUUUGGAAGCCUGCAAACAAGCAAUGGUGGAGGCUCUGUGGCAAUGUCUAUAGAUAACAGCAGUGUUGGUUCAAAUGACUCCCACACUCGCAUUUUGAAUCACCAAGGGUUGCGGCGGCGUGCUUCUGACAACCACUCUGUUGCACUGAGUGUUAAUCGUCGAGGAAGAGUUACACAUGCUCUGAGUGAUGAUGCACUGGCCCAAGCGUUAAUGGAUAGCAAUUUCCCCACUUUGGGGCUUGAGAAUUAUGAUGAAUGGACAAUUGAUUUAAGGAAACUUAAUAUGGGGGCUGCUUUUGCUCAAGGGGCUUUUGGGAAACUCUACAGAGGUACUUAUAAUGGUGAGGAUGUUGCUAUAAAGAUCUUGGAGAGGCCAGAAAAUGAUCCAGAAAAGGCACAAUUGAUGGAGCAACAAUUUCAGCAGGAAGUAAAGAUGCUGGCAACAUUGAAGCAUCCCAACAUAGUUCGGUUUAUUGGUGCCUGUAGGAAACCAAUGGUUUGGUGCAUUGUAACUGAGUAUGCAAAGGGGGGUUCUGUUCGGCAGUUUUUGAUGAAGCGACAGAAUCGGGCUGUUCCAUUGAAACUGGCAGUCAAACAGGCAUUGGAUGUUGCAAGGGGGAUGGCAUAUGUGCAUGGUCCUGGGUUGAUUCACAGGGAUUUGAAAUCUGACAAUCUUUUGAUUAAUGCAGACAAGUCCAUCAAGAUUGCAGAUUUUGGAGUUGCCCGCAUUGAGGUGCAGACUGAAGGAAUGACACCAGAGACGGGGACAUACCGCUGGAUGGCUCCGGAGAUGAUCCAGCAUAGGCCUUACACACAGAAAGUAGAUGUCUAUAGCUUUGGGAUUGUUCUCUGGGAACUCAUUACUGGAAAUCUUCCAUUUCAAAACAUGACAGCAGUGCAGGCAGCAUUUGCAGUCGUCAACAAAGGUGUCCGGCCGACCAUCCCCCAUGAUUGCUUACCAAUUCUCUCUGAAAUCAUGACCAGAUGCUGGGAUGCCAACCCUGAUGUUAGGCCGCCCUUCGCCGAAGUUGUCAAAAUGCUUGAGAAUGCAGAGACUGAGAUCAUGACAACUGUCCGCAAAGCCCGUUUCAGGUGUUGUAUGGCCCAACCGAUGACUGCGGAUUGAUCCCCAAAAUAAUAAAAAAAAAUUAAAAAAUAUAUAUAUAUAUUGAACAAGAAAACAACUAUAAGAUCAGUACAAGAGAAAUGGUGAAAAGCUGAAAGAAGGGCAUGAGAAAAUGAUUGUAUCUUAGCCUUGUGUAUUUAUCACGUUUGAAAACUGUUAUUACCAUAAGAACUGUUUGUUUUGGGCUUUCUAUUUUAAUGGAUUCUGUUGUUGAAUUAGUAAUAGACGAAAAUUGAUGCGUAUGUAUA